AACAAAUGUAUAAGAAUACCUCCGUUCGAUGUUGAUUGAAGGUUGGGUUCCUGCAAGCGGGAAAAGAAGUUUUCAACAGCACGUGUUCGCCCUAUUGCAGAGUUGCAACAGCAUAAAGAACCUCAUUCAAAUUCAUAGCCAAGUAGUCCUCAAUGGUCUCUCUCAGAAGAGUAACAUUCUCGCCAAGCUUCUGUCUUUCUACGUAGCCUCUGGUCAUCUCCAACAUGCCCAUAAACUUUUCUCAAAUAUCGAUAACCCAAGUACCACCGUUUGGAACCACAUGAUCAGAGGCUAUGCUAGGAGCCAAAUGCAUUGGAAAUCGGUGGAAUGUUAUAAUCAGAUGGUUUCAGCUGAGGCUGAGCCUGAUGGGUUCACAUUCUCGUUUCUCUUGAGUGCCUGUGCCCGAGGUGGGUUGAUUAGAGAAGGAGAACAGGUGCACGGGAAAGUUUUGGUAAAAGGGUAUUGCUCCAAUGUUUAUGUGAACACAAAUUUGAUCAAUUUCUAUGCGAGGGUCGGUGGUGUUGUGCAGGCACGCCAUGUGUUUGAUGAUAUGAGCAAGAGAAGUGUUGUAAGCUGGAAUUCUAUACUCGCUGGGUAUAUUAGGUGCGGUGAUUUUGAUGGGGCAAGAAGGGUUUUUGAUGAGAUGCCCCAUAGGAAUGUUGUGUCUUGGACGACCAUGAUUGCUGGGUGUGCUCAGAAUGGGAAGUCCAAACAAGCUUUGUUGUUGUUUGGUGAAAUGAGGAGAGCUCGUGUGGAAUUGGAUCAGGUGUCAUUGGUGGCAGCUUUAUCAGCAUGUGCUGAAUUAGGGGAUCUGAAGUUGGGAAGAUGGAUCCAUAGGUAUGUUCAACGGACGUUUGUUGCAAGGAACCAGCAGCAACCCUCUGUGCGCUUGGACAAUGCACUCAUACACAUGUAUGCCAGUUGUGGAAUCAUUGAUGAAGCUUAUCAAGUGUUUACCAAGAUGCCUCAGAAAAGCACUGUGUCUUGGACUAGCAUCAUCAUAGCUUUUGCAAAACAGGGCCUCGGGAAGGAAGCCCUUGAUCUGUUUAAGACUAUGAUUAGUGAUGGUGUGGGUGUAAAUGAAGUAAGACCUGAUGAAAUAACCUUCAUUGGAGUUCUUUGUGCUUGCAGCCAUGCAGGAUUUGUAGACGAAGGAUGCCAAAUUUUUGCAUCCAUGAACCAUACUUGGGGAAUCAGCCCGAGGAUUGAACACUACGGAUGCAUAGUUGAUCUCUUGAGCCGUGCUGGUUUCUUAGAUGAAGCACGUGGACUUAUUGAAACUAUGCCUUUAAAGCCUAAUGAUGCAUUAUGGGGUGCCCUUCUUGGUGGUUGUCGAAUACACAAGAAUUCAGAGCUAGCAUCACCAGUGGCAAAAGAGUUAGUAGCUGAGCUCAAUGCUGAUCAAGCUGCAGGCUAUCUUGUGCUCUUGUCAAACAUAUAUGCUUUUGCCAAAAGGUGGCAGGAUGUCAUUACUGUGAGACAGAAAAUGAUUGAGAUGGGUGUGAAAAAGCCUCCAGGCCGAAGUUGGAUCCAAAUUAAUGGAGUUGUCCAUAAUUUUGUGGCGGGUGACAUGACUCAUAAGCAUUCACCUUUUAUCUAUGAAAUCCUCUGUGAGAUCACCAAGCAAGCCCAUCUGGAAGGCUAUGAACCAGACAUAACAGAGGUUUACUUGGAUGUUGAGGGAUGGAAAGUAUAAGAAGAAUAACAUAAUUUUUGCCUCGUGCAUUUUGGUUUUACAGUUACUUUUGGCUAGUAUCUUUUCACAUGGCAAGUGCCCAAUUUCUAUUUUUCCAAGCGGAUGGUAGUAAUUGCUUGUGACAGUACUACUUUCUUUGGGGCGCGUUUGGUUGAGGAAUUUUUUUUUGAAUACUAGGGAAAUGUUAUUGAUAGGAAAAUGGUUAGAAAGUGAGUUUGGUAGGAAAAUGUAAAAAAAAUUGUUUGGUUAGAAAAAAAUUUAC